GCUGUAGUCCUGCCGGGCGGCCGGGGCGCGCGCAGGCUCCCCUUCCCGCGGACCGCGGCAGCCCCAGCGCUGUCGGAUCGCCCUGCGCCCGCUCCGCUCUCCGCCUCCACCCCGGGCGAAGCGGUGGAAAGACGGGAGGCUCCCUUGGCGGGGCCGGCUUGUGGCGAGAAGGAAGGGGAGGUUUGGUUCAAAGCGUCCUGACAAGCUGUGCUAGAAAAGCAGGGCUGCAGCCUCCGUAAGUUGGAAGAGGACGAGAACUAGGAGGAAUUGUUCCAUGGCCAGCGAUGUAGCGUGGAACAACAUCUCCUGGAAGGCAAACUUCUCCCCAGCCUGACUGCAGAGCAUGGGCUAAAAAACGAUGUCCCUCUCUCGUGUCGACAAUCCCGGUUUUCUGCUAUUUCUCUUUGUCUUCCAAGCGAUAUUUAUCCUGAUACUCUACCAAGGGGGACCUUCAAGUGUGUUCCAUGGGUUUUCGGACUCGCAUCAGGUUCUGGAUUACUCGAAAACUCAUGACGUGUACACAAACCUCAGCUUGUUUACCCCGGCUCCUAACAACGAAGCGAUGCCCUACUGCUCUGUGCAGUCACCGAUAUUUGUUGGUCCAUUAACCAUCACCUUCAGGGUGCUCCCUAGUGAAAGAAAGAUCAUCAAAAAAAAUCCUUUUGUUCAGCCUGGUGGCCGCUACAGGCCACCUCACUGCUUGGCCCGCUACAAAUCAGCCAUCCUUGUAGCCUACAGGAACCAGGAAAAGUACCUUCGACAUCUUCUCUACUAUAUUCAUCCUUUCUUGCAGCGCCAGCAGCUCAGUUACAGCAUCUACUUAAUUCAGCAGGUGGGGAAUGGUACAUUUAACCGAGCGAAGCUGCUUAAUGUUGGUGUCAGGGAAGCUCUGAAGGAUGAAGACUGGGACUGCCUUCUCUUGCAUGAUGUGGACCUAGUGCCUGAGAAUGAUUAUAAUCUCUAUGUUUGCGAUGAAUAUUAUCCCAAGCAUAUGGCUAGUGCCAUGGAUAAGUUUCAGUACACUCUGCCAUAUAAAUCCUUUUUUGGGGGUGUAUCGGCUCUGACUCCAGAACAUUACAUGAAGAUAAAUGGCUUUCCAAACACAUACUGGGGCAGCAGUGGUGAAAAUGAUGACAUUGCUACAAGGAUUCAGUUGGCAGGAAUGAAAAUAGUCCGGACAUCACCUCAGCUUGGACGCUACAAAGUUAUGGACUACAAUGAAAAGACAGAGACACAAGAGCCUUGGAGAAGGCCUACUUCCCGACACAACACCAGAAAGACAUGGAAGGAUGAUGGAAUGAAUUCACUGGAGUUCAAGCUCCUUUCCAGGAAAAAGCAUCCACUUUAUACCAACAUCACUGUGGACAUUGGAUACGUUCCCCCAUUUUCUUAAAAGAAUGAAAACAAAAGGCUGUUUGGGCUCAGCAUGGCAGCGUGCAUGCAGGCAGUCAGCCUCUACCUCCUGUUGUGGUGUGGAGUCCGCACCACCUGAAACUAAUCCUUCCAUCUCUCAUGCAUUUCCCUUUUCUUUGUCUAAGACUUAGAAGAAAAGACUUCAGGAAUAGGGUAUGAUAGCUCAUAAACAGGAUGUGGCUUACUGUAAAAACAGUCAAAGCACUGUAAAACUAUCAACUGAGCCAGACCCAGCCCUUGGACCUUGUGGGAAUCAAGGUCUCCUUUGACAGUAAGCUGACUCUAGUUUUCUGGAACCUUUGUUCCGCAGCAGAACAGCUCUGUUCCACUUUUUACUUAAGCGUUAACUGGGAUGCAAGCCAUUCUGUCAGACAGUUCAUUACGUGCUGUAUUUUGAGAAAGCGGUGAAGCCAGUUACAGUUCUGUAAAUAUCUCGUUAAUUUGAGUAAAAUAAAUUGAGUUAUGUAUUCAGGUUAAGACUUUCUACAAUAUUUAAUGAGUGUGAUAAAAGAGAAAGUUGCCCUGAAACCAGAAAAAAA